UAAAUCAGAGGCUGAAGAAUUUUUAAAACCCUGCUUCCAUAAACAAACCCUAGCUUGGAAUGGAAGCCACACUAUUAUUCAAACCAAAACCAUUGCUACUGUCAACCAGAAGACGAAAUAUUUCUGGCAAUCUAUGCUGUAUCAAAUCUGCUAGAUUUAGCGUGUGCUCCGCAUUUGCCAGCAUUGAAGUCGCCAAAAACUACAAGAAUUCGACUUUAACUUAUAGCUCUAAAUACGCAUCACCAUUGACUGGUGAGUUGUUUUCGUCAUCCUCAGUGGGGCGAUAUAAAUCUUGGUUUUUUCCAACUUCAUUGUCCAUGGAGCGAUAUGGAUCGCUUUCUAAUCAGCAAUCGUAUGCGGUCUGCGAAGAAGAUGAUGCGAAUGUUACUGAAGCUAUCUGGUCAAUGCCCAGUCAUUCAAAGGGGCGGUCGUCUACAGAGAGUGGCAUAAGCAUCACCAAACUGCAGGUGGGAUUAUAUGUCCAUGGAUGCGUUCAAACGGAUCCCUAAAAGGAAUCCUAAUUCCCGAGAGUUGUUCAAAGAGAACUUAAAAAGGAUCUCAAUCGAAUUGCAGAAACUGCUGAUACAUCCACCUAUAAUGAUUGGAUCUAUAUAUUGGAGGGUGGAUGUGAGAAACAACUUAGAAUAUGCAGAAGACUAAAGAGAGAAAUUUGAUGAAGAGACACUUGUUAAUUUAAAUGGAGCUACAAAGAAAAACAUAGCCACUCAACAACUUGAUGAAUUGGGAGAUACAUAUUUUGUGGUGACAAUUUUGUUUGCGGCUAAAGGAGAAAUAAAUUUGCCCAUUAUAAAAGACAACAAAGACCUAAAGAAGGAUUUGCAGAUGCUUCAGUCCAUUCAUACUUCUAAACAAAUACAAGGUGUAAAUGUAUUGUGGACUCCACAAGCAGAGAAUGACAUCAUGUCAGUUUCAGAAUUUAAUCAACUAUAUCCACAGUUAAGGUCAUUGAAAAUGUUAUUCAUAGAUGAAGAUUUCCAAUCAAGUUUAUCUACAUUGAAGACCACUGUAGAACUUUUAAAAUAAAUGUUCUGAGAGAGGAACUAAUAAAAUAAAUUAUUGAUUUUUUUCUGAUCAAUAACCAUUAUUUUCUUUCAGAAAAACAGAAGAAACAGAAGUUAACUCUAUGUUUAUAAAAUCUUAUUUUAUUCCCUAUUAUUUUAUGUUUUUCAUACAGGAGAAAAAUUGAAAGAUUUUAAACUUUCUGUUUCUUUCUUCAUGUGGAAUUGUUGAAACUUGAUAUUAUGGAAAGACGACAAUAAAGGAAAGAGGGCAUGAGCAAUUCCGGAGGGGGAAGAAAUGAUUUUGAUCUGAUCUUCAUCUUCCCUUUCAUCUGUGUUCUAUUAUCCCAGUUGAAGAUACAGAAAAAAAGGUGUGGAGAUGGAGCCAAAUUCAUGGAUUUCUAAUUGUUUCUGUAGCUGCGGCUGUAGCCCUGUCAACUGUUAUAACAAUGUGAUCAUGUGAUAAUGGCUACAUGAAUUGAAUGUACUAUUGACCCAGUUGCAAUAAAUUAAAAUUGAACUUUAAAAUAUUAAGAAAAUUUCUGAUAUGGAGACAUUGAAUUCAUUGCUAGUAGCAGUUAUGCAGAGAAUAGAAUAAUUUCUAUCAAUUUUAAAAGUUCCUUCCAUAGAUUGCUGAUCGAACGGCUUCCGAUUAAUUUUACCGAAGUCCAAGAUGGCUAAAUAACAAAAAUCUCUUCAUAUAUAGUUAACAAAUAUUAGACUGCGCAGCCCUAUAAAGCUUAUAAAUUUGAGGGACCAGGAGCUAAUACAAACAGCAGAUCCAAGAGCCGUUUAGAAUUCUGAGCAAGUGUCCAUCAAUAGAACUUGAACUUCAUCAAUGUCUAAGCAAAGGUUGGAGGGUAAGGUGGCACUUAUCACUGGUUCAGCUAGUGGGAUCGGUGAGGAGGCAGUGAGAUUAUUUGCUGAGAAUGGAGCUCUUAUUGUAGCUGCUGAUCUCCAAGAUGAACUUGGGCACCGAGUCGUUGAAUCUAUCGGCAGAGACACAGUUAGUUAUCACCACUGCGAUGUGAGAGAUGAGAAGCAAGUUGAGGAAACAGUGAAUUACACCUUGGAGAAAUAUGGAAAGCUAGAUGUUUUGUUCAGCAAUGCUGGAAUCAUAGGCCCAUUAAGUGGCAUCCUGGAAUUUGACAUGGGUGAAUUUGACAACACCAUGGCCACAAAUGUUCGAGGGGUAGCAGCCACAAUCAAACACGCAGCACGAGCUAUGGUGGAUAGAAAUAUUCGAGGAUCAAUCAUAUGCACAACCAGUGUUGCAUCAUCACUGGGAGGAACAGGUCCACAUGCUUACACCAUAUCAAAACAUGCUCUAGUUGGCUUAGUGAGAACAGCCUGCAGCGAGCUGGGCGCUUAUGGGAUCAGAGUUAAUUGCGUCUCCCCAUUUGGAGUUGCCACACCUCUUGCUUGUACAGCUUAUAAUCUGAGACCUGAUGAAGUUGAAGCCAAUAGUUGUUCUAUUGCUAACUUGAAGGGCAUUGUUUUAAAGGCUAGGCAUAUCGCCGACGCUGCAUUAUUUCUGGCGUCCGAUGAAUCUGCUUACAUCAGUGGCCACAAUUUGGCUGUUGAUGGAGGCUUCACAGUGGUCAAUCACAGUUUCUCAACCUAAGUGUCGCGGCUUUCCACAAUGAAAGAGGCAAUCAGCCAACUAUUUUAUGUAUGGUUGGCACUAAUUUAUUGCCUCCAUGAAAAACUGAAGUAUUUUUAUUAUUAAGUCAAACCUUGUUACCUGCGCUUGGCAUGUGCAUUUUCCUUGUAAUCUGCAAUGCUAUUAUUAUUAUGCAUCAACCUUUUAUUCUCAUGCAUUAACAGGCA